CGGAGAAGGAGGAAAAAUGUCGCUGCCGUCGACGCGGACCGUUCUAGGAUCAGUGUCCUUUUAGGAAACUACAGACGGCAAUUCGGGUGAAACUUCUGCUGUGGUGUUUCUAUGAUAGAUUAUAAGCUUCAUGAAACUGUACAAAGAAGGUGAAACAGUUUCAAUGUUGGAGGUUUUAGUUGGACUACAGAGAGUCACCUUACAUUCUCCUUUAGCCAGCGCAGCUUCAACCCUGAACACCUAAGAACACAGGAGGGUACUGUAACGCUACAUGGGCCUGUAAGGUAACCAGAUCUGAUAAUUAAAGCCUCUAGAGCCUAAAGGUAAAGUUUCAGUGACGACAUGGACCCGUCUACUCGGGUGGUGGGUCUGGAUGCCCAGGGGAACAUGGUUUUCACUGUGGUCAAACCAGUGAUGGGCAUCUUCCAGGUGUCUUCGGAGCAAACAGGGAGUGUGGCACAAGGGGGCAUGGGGCUGCAGGGUUUAUCUGAAAACACAUUAAUCCUCCCUCAAACGCAAAACCAGGCUCCGCUAGACCAGAACCAGAUGGAUAUGCACUCCAUGCAGCCUCACAUCCAGAUGCCCCAGAUGCAGGUUUCUGCCCUGGCCCAGAGUGAGGCUGUGCCCCAGAUUCAGGACCCACAGCCGAACUCAAGCACAAACACAGAGUCUGGUACACACAUGCCUUUUGCAGAGGUGUCGUCGCUCCUGGAUCCCAACAUGAAAGGAUCGAAGGCUCGGAAAUAUCUCAUCUCGUAUGAUGAAAUCAAACGGCGCCUGCAGGCUCCGGAGAAGAUGUCCCUGCGCUCCCUGGCAGCCUACACUCGGGUCAGCAGAGGCCCGGCCAGCAAGAAAACCCUUCUGGAGUCACUCAAUGUCCUUGGCCUCACGCCAAGCACAACUACCUCUGUAUCCUCCUCCUUCUCCAAACUCACUGAAGGCGACACCAGAGCAUUGUGUGACGAUAUGAAGGACUUCGCCCAUGACUACAUCGACUACAGCAACAUGGCGAAACAGCUCAUCCCUGAGACAAACACAGUUCAACACUGGUCCAAAAUUAUUGAAACCAAGAACCACCUGGAGGAUAUGAGAAAAUGUUUCAAGGACCCAGUGAACAGCGGAGCGUUUGACAAUGUCACUCACGGUCUGGGUCUGGGAAUGUUGGACGUGGCGCUGGACAUGAUUGUCAUGGUAAUUGAGCAGCAGAUUCGUAUCCUGUCUGGCGCAGCGGCAUCAGACCCAGUUGACUCUGGUCCGCCUAUGCGGCGCAUCCGCAGACGCCACCGCAAAACCCACUCGACUGACGAGAGCCCCAACAAAGUGUCUGGAGGGAUCAAAGAUCAAGGGAAGGCCAUUUCUAAAGGCAAGGGGCGAGGCCGAGCCAAGAAGAAGAUAAGGCAGGAAGCUGGAGCUGCUGGUCCCGUGGAGACCCCAGCAGAGCAGUGCAAGUCGGACGAUGUGGAGAGUAACGUCCUCACCCUGGUGUCGGUUGGAUAUGAGACUGUUUCCAGUGGUCUCAACGCAGCCGGAACUGUUUGACACAUGGUCACAUGACCGGUCCAAGAGCCAAUCAUGGUCCCUUUCAUAGGGAUACUCAGAGAUGAGACACGAGCUCUGCACAAGUUGAGCUGGGCGGACAAAGCUGUGGUGAGCUCAGCAUCAGCGUAUAGUGUCACAGCUUCAGUCCAGCGUAAAGGAAUAGUUUGACAUUUUGGGAAACACAUUUAUUAGCUUUUUGAUAUGAGUUAGAUGAGAAGAUUGAUAACACUCUCAUAUCUGUACGGUUAAUAUGUAGCUGGAGCCAGCAGGAGGUUAGCUGAGCAUGAAGACCAGGCCUGUAACUAUUAUUUUCAGUAUUUUCCUUUUUAAAGAUUUUUUUUUUUUUUUUUUUUAACCACUUGUUUAUAAAAUGUCGGGCCAGGGUGACGUCUUCAAAUGUUAUUUUAUCCAAAAAAAUCCAGAGUUAUUCAGUAAAUUAUCAUGUAUGACAAAAGUAAUGCAUCAAAUUCUGACAUCUAAGAAGCAUCAGCCCAGCAAAAUGUUUACCUCAGAAAAUAACUGAAACAAUUAUUUGAUUAUCAGAAUAGUUGCCAUUUAAUUUUCUGUUGAUCGACAAACUGAUCAACUGAUCUUUGCAGCUGUAAUAAAGACUGGACACGGGGAAACAGCCAGCCUGGCUCUGACCAACAUUUACAGAAUACACUCGCCAGCAACGUGAAUGCUGAAAACUAAGCAAGCAGCAGGAAUUGAGGCUCGCCACAAUAAUUACAUUUGUCUUCGGCUGGGUGGCGUGUUCGUAUGUUUCAGGCUGGAAAAUAAUUCUUUGUAUCACAGGUCAACUGUUGACUGAUUGGCUGCUGGUUUACUCUGAUCACUAUUCACUGCCAAAAUUUAAACGGCUGCAGCUCUCUGAGCUCGUAGCGGCAGCUGCAACUUAACACAAACUUUCUUGACUGUUUAGUUUUUGCAAAAAUUGAAGGAUAGGAGGUGUUAAUAAGAGGUUCAAAAGUUGGAGUAGGCAGAUUUUGUUUCCGUUGGACAGAGGCAGGCGAGCGGUUUCCUCCCCUUUUCACUCUUUAGGCUGCAUUCACAACAAAUCAGGUGUUGCAGCAAAAACACCACUGCUCCCAUAUAUUUGAAUGUGGGUAAUGCAUUAAGGUUGCGGCAGUGGGGCCCCAGGGAAUACCAACAAAUAAAUAAACGCAGCGGCAUGUGACAACAAGUUGACACAGAAUCAGCUUUUGGGGAAAUGCAACUGGGCGUCAUACUGCAUACUACUACCCUCCUCCAUUACGUCCUCGUUACGUCUAUGAUAGACGUAGGCGUUGGCAUGGUAACGUUAGAUACACGGAAGAGGAGAGCGAGUGUAACGUUACA